UUUUAAUGACAUGACGGAUGUGGGGCUCAAGGGAGAGGGUUGAUUCAACAUAGCAAGGCCAGGUAGUAGUAUUAACUUUUGCUCUGGGGACCCAGACACCAUCAUACAUCCAUGCUACGCACGCCCUUGCUCAUGCUAUCUGACGCACAGAGCGUCCAUGGCAACCAUACCGUAAGAUGAGGUCGAGGUGAUGAGGGUUUUUAUGCGGGUCUUUUGCUUUGGGCCUUUUCGUUGUAAAUCCUCGGAUUUUCAUGGUUAUUUAUUGAUCACCUAUAUAAACCUUAAGCAUUAAACUAGUCCGUUUCCUGUCUCCCGACUCGCUCUUAAAUCACUUCCGCUGCCGUUGCUGCUCCGAUCACGGCUUCAUCACGUCAUCAGCAAUGGCGGACAAGGAGAAGCGCCGGUCCGGGGCUACUCCUCCAGGGAUGCUCGAGGGCAAAGCCACCAAAUCGGACAGCGACAGGGAGUUCCUGUCGCAGGCUGGGGUGGGAGAACUGCUCCGCGGGGCCAUCCUGAAGAUGGUCGAGGCUAGAUCGGACGAUCCCAUCGGGUUCCUGGCCGACCACUUCUGCAACCUCGCCUCCGUGACAGAAACUGGCACAGCUGGAUGUGGAGACGGGGAUCAAUUGAUCAACGGCCCGCUCAGCGCAGGCGCGCAGGAGCAGCAGCAUCUAAACCGGGCACUGUGGCACCUGCGGCUGGCACACCACUCCCAGAGAUCUGCCUUCAGCAACAACGUCCGCGUGGCCUACGACCUUUUGAACCUCACCGGGCCCCACAGACGUCCAGAUGAGGUCCCUGAAGGCCCUCAUGGCUCCUGCAAUGACGGCCCGACCGGAGGUGGAGGAGGGGUGAGGGGAGGCCUCUAUACGCAGACACUGCAGUGCCUGUGCAGUGAGGGUGGAGUCCCUGCCUCCACCUCCGCUCCGCUCCUCCGACGCCUCCACUGCCAAGACCACGAGGCUGUCCCUUAUGAUGUCUUCCGUCACGGCGUGCUCACAUGUGCAGUUUUCUCAGACUACAUCCGACAGGCUCAAAGGCUUUACGCUGAAGUGUGCUGCCCGGACGAAAGGCCUGCCUCGCGAGCACUGUGUCUGGCCGUGCUGGGGACCUUAAAGGAAGCCCUGGAGACUUCCCAAGGCCGUGAUGGAAACUGCUGUGUUAACGCAAAUUAUAAGGCUAAUUCCUGUCUGGAGGCUAACGCGAAGGCUAUACGCUACCUUGAGGCCAGUGCCAAGAUCUCUCCAUACAAGCUAGCCCAGGCCAUAGCAGGAGCACAGACACAGGGCCCGGGUGGUAAUAUGGAUGCAAAAGAGUUUGAGAAUGCAGCGGCGGAGCUCUUUAUCACUCGAGUGAGAGUUGUGUCCUAGGUUUCGUGUCCAUUUCCUCAUAAUUUAUGAAUGUACAGCAACUUACAUUAUAUCCUAGAGUAAAUAAUCACCUUGUGUGUACCUUCUGUAACCUCUACUGCCGCUUAAAUAGCUACUAAACUACACCUAGGCCUAUAUAACAAGAAAUAAUAAAGUAGAACCCUCACAGCUAUUACUUCCUCUCAAUCAAUCAACAAAAUUUAUUUUGGUUCUCACACAUAAUUUUCCAAAACAAAAAAAGGAAAACAAUGAAAAUAAAACAAUAUAUAGGCCUACAUGCAUAACAACUGAAGCCUAUUAUGCCUACACUUUUUACAUAAUUAUCUAAUGAGCAUCACUUUCUCUCUGGAUUUAAUCCAUUCAAAAUAAACGUACAGUUACAUUAAAAAGGGGAAAAAAAGAUUCCAAGAUGUUCAUACAUGAUUACAGUGGUACACAUCUCAGAUAUUAUUUCAAUAUUUGACAUAAAGCCUACACAAAUUAAUUGUAUUGAGUUAUAUAAUUAUUUAUCACCUUGUUUUUAAACAUUUUCAAACAUAAAAUUACAGAGUGAAGUACACAAUUUUAAUUCCUUGUCACAAUUAUUCCAUAGGUUUACCCCUUUAACAGAUAAGAUUAACAUCUAUUUUUUAUAUUAGUUCUUGCUGUUACUUUUUUAAACAUAUCUCCACCUCUCAAGACUGACAUUGACACUUUGGGAAGAUAAACACAAAUUGUAAAACACAUUAUUUCAUGUCUAUUAUUGAACUUGUGGAAGAGAUGAGAAAUCAACAUCUGCUGUGACUGAGUAAGCAGCUACAUUGCUGUGUGAAGGACAAUAAGUUCCUUAGACUAAAUGUGUUCAAUGAGAUCUAUAUUUAUCCUGACUGUUUCCAUUAUUUAGCCUUUGACAUGAAAUGCUCGGAUUAGAAAAAAGCAGUCUGUAUUGAUCUAAAUCUAAUGCACUCCAAUACAACAACCCUGUAAAUCCUCCUUUUUUUGACAUGUCAUUUUCAUGUUUUGUUGAGAGGGAUGUUGAUCAUUUUGGCAGCUGUAAUUUGUAAUGCUGUUGUAUUGCAUUAUACUUAUGCAAUCAUGUAAUACAAGUGUUUUGUUAACCAAUUAUUAGAAACUGUUACCCAGUUUGACAGGAGCCAAUCGCAUAUUUUGUCGCAUCGUAGCAGAAAAUAUUAUGGGGAAUAAAUAGAAUAGCUGUGUUAACUUA